AUGGCAUCGAAAGCAGCUCCAACAGCCACUGCAAUACGACGUGGUAAUAGUAUUCAUUCAAGUUUAGGAACUAUUGCUCCAUUAAACACACCAACACGUCGUUUCUAUGGUUCACAAGAUCAAGGAUUAGGUCAUACACCAGGUGUGCCUAACCCGAAUAUAUACGUUGUUCAACCAUUUAAAAAUGCAUCAAUACCUAAAGAUCUUGUUUAUGCGAAAAAAAAUGCACCUAAUCCUGGUGAAGCUUUAUUGAAUUCAACUAUGGAGCUUAUUAAUCAUUUUACUUCUUGCUAUGAAGCAGUUAAACAUCAAUUACAAGAUGAACAUAUAAAAGGAAGAGAAAGCUUAUUAAAUAGUAGACCAUUGACUGUAAGUGGAACACAUGAUACUGUUAGUACAAGUGUCCUUCAUCGACCGGCUAAACAAGCUAGACUUCGACCAUUAAUUCUCCACCAAAAUCAGCAAUCUCGUGAAGAUAAUCAAGGACCAUUUAUUCAAGAUUGUGUUGGUAUUUCACCAGUACCCGAAACGAAAGUAGAUGAUCUUACCAAAAUUUAUGAUGAAAAACUUCGUUUAUUACGUACAUUAAAACCUGAAUUAUUUGAUAGUCAAGGUAAUCUUAUAUCUCGGAAUCCUCCAAGAACCUAUUCGUAUAGCCAAGCUUCAGAACCAUCGUCGAAAAAAUCAGCUGCUUCAUCAUUUCGAACUCCACAUAAUACACUUCUAACAUAUGAAAAUAUUCCAUUUGAUGAACGUCGAACAUUUUUAACUGAAUUUACAAACGAAGAAGAAGAUAACGAGAUUAAUGAAGAUGGAAAAAAAACUAUAUCUCUCGCGUCUCUUCAACCAACCAAUUCAUUAAAUGAGAUUAUGAAAAAUAAUUAUGUUCUGAAAGUCCUUGAAAUUAAAACAAUGACAAAUACAUCAUCGAAGCGUGAUCGAACGAAAUCAGCAUCUGAUAAAGGAAGUUAUUAUUCACAUAAAGGAAAUGCGACAGCUAAAUCGACAUAA